UGCCAUUCCCACCCUCUUCUUCCACAAUUCAAACGGCUCCUAAACCCUACCUUGUUUUUCUCUCUCUCUUUUUCAAAUCCGACGGCGAUUGUUGACGGCAGAAAUGAAAUCGGCGGCGUUACCUUCUUCAGUGGAAGCUUUGAGAAAUGGAGAAGGAAUCGCCUCCGCCCUAUCUUCUUCCGAUCAGUCUCGUCUAUUGCUUGCCACUAGACCUCCCAGGCAAGUAGUAUCGAUAUUAACUUGUUCAAAGCUAUGUGGUAUUUGCUUUGUUGCCGGGGUGGUGGUUGGUUACUCGUUAAAGCGACGCGUGAAUCGAUGGGUUUCCAAGCUAUUGAGGAGAUUAAAAGAUGAUUGAUAAGUCCAUCCCUUUGUUCUGGUAUGCCACUUUCAUUGAUUAUAAUUUAUAGAAUUGAAUUACUGAUUUGUUGCCCAAUUUAGAGCAGGAAGAUGAACAUUCCUAGCUCAUUACCGGCUCAUUAUUGGACAAUUACUUGUUCACAAGCAUGGAGUUAAUGAUUUGAAUUUUCCAUCUAAUGAAAAAUCAUUUUUGCUCCACUUCUUCUUCUUCUGAUCCUUUGGAGAGAUAUUUUAGUGAUAAGUUCUAUAAGAGCUCGAUGAUCCCAUUUGGUCAAAUGCCUAGGGAUAAACGUAUUUCUGAUUUGGUGGCGAGAAUUUCUUUGUUAAAAACAUUUCUGGAUUUGAUUUGCAGCUCAAUUAUUUCAUCAAAUUGGUAUUCGAUCAUGGGACUUACUC